AUGGACCCCUGUUGCAUCGAGAAGUCUCCAUCGGCAGAGCUCUCCGAGGCCAUCAACUCCAUGUAUCGGUGGGUUGGGCAAGCCAACGCCUGCUACGUCUACUUGUCCGACAUGGACGUAUUUGGCAGUGACCAAACACUAGAGCAGAAACAAAUGCUGAGGAUGUAUGGCUGGUUCAUUCGCGUCUGGAUACCUCGAGAGGUGGUUGCACCAAGGAAAGUCGAGACUUUUCUAUAG